GGCGUGUAUUGAUACGGUGGAGAUGGUGUAACAGGGCAGCUGGGGAUAUGUUGCGUGGGAUUACGGUGAUCAUGUUUUGAUAUUUGCAUAGCUUAAGAGCCUAAAGACUGUAAAUAAAUGCGGCAACAUGUCUUCUGUUUCGUUAAGGACGACGCUUUUACUUUUUCUCUGUUUCACGUCGUGCACACUUUGGAGACUUGGUGCUUGUGUGGACAGAGAUGCUGGUAUUGUCUUCGUCGUGCUGAGUCAAGACAGUGCAAUGAGCAGCAAAGCGGCAGAGCAGCUGUCGUCAAGCAUAGCGGAGCAAGCUGCAGCGCUGAAAAUGGUGGCCCCCACCGUGUACCUGUUGCACAAGCAGUGGCCGGACGUCGCGGGAGCGUGGACCGUGUUUCCCCUGAUAAAACGGCUGGAAAUGCUUCACAGAAAGGAUGGACGCUGGUUCUUCUUCUGUGAGGACACCACGGGCGUCGAGCUCUCCCUUCUUCACAAAGCUCUUCACAGACUCAACUCUACGCAGGAGGCCCAGUUCGUGGGUCAUGCCCUGUGGGACGAAGAGACGACCAUCGUGCACCACUUCGAUGACCCGCGGUCGCUGGCCUACCCGGACCUGUCGGCGGGCAUGGCGCUGAGCGAGGCGGCGAUGCAGAGGGUGGCUGAAGCACUGGACAUCGAGUCUCCCGAAGACUUCUCCAUCGAUCGGCAGUACGAGAUAGCCAAAUUUCUGAGGGACCACUGUGGAGGCCUGCUACUGGAACACGCCGAGUCCUUCUGCCUUGGGGAACGCAGCGAGGGCUGCGCCACCUGGACCUCUGUACAGGCGCCAUCGUGUGCCGAACAUGUGCCCAAAGAAGCCCUGACGGUCGCAGUCAAGACAUGCAACCAAUUUCAUAAAGACCGAGUGCCGGUGAUCAAGGCGACGUGGGCUGGGGACGCCCACCGGGUGCUCUUCUUCAGCGACGUGGAGGACGACCGCGUGCCCACCGUCACGGUAGGCGUGGCCAACGUGGAACGCGGUCACUGCGCCAAGACGCUGGCCAUUCUGAGGCACGUCGUGUCGCACGGUCUGCUCGAGCGCUGGCUGCUCGUGGCCGACGACGACUCCCUCAUCAGCAUACCGCGCCUCCUGGACCUGUUGAGUUGCUUCGACUGGGAAGACGACGUGGCGCUCGGCGAGCGCUACGGAUUUGGUGCAGCUACUGGGCGCGGCUACGACUACCUCACGGGAGGCUCGGGGAUGGUGUUCAGCCGCAAGACCGUCGAGCGGAUCAUCAACUCGCCAUGCUCGUGUUCGAAGGCCGACUCUCCUGAUGACAUGACCUUGGGAGUGUGCCUCAAACAGCUGGGCGUUCCCAUCACGCAUUCGCCGCUGUUCCACCAGGCGAGACCAGAUGACUACAGUCGUCAGCUCCUGUCUCAUCAGCGGCCCAUCUCGUUUCACAAGUUUUGGAUGAUGGACCCAGUUGCUGCCUACCGGAAGUGGCUUGCGGAUAUUCCAUACAACGCUACCCGACAUGAAGAACUCUGACAGCAUCAGUAUGCCUUAGUUGCAGCUAUAGAACCGGUUCGUUUCGCGGGAACAGAUAACGAAAGCCAAGUGCUUAUCAGAGGGGGUCGGCCUCUCUGGCGACCGCUUGUCGUACCGUAUAUAAUUGUGAAGCUCACUGCAGCUGUUUUUACAUGUUAUGUAAAGCGAAAGCACAUGGCUACGCUCUAGUUUAGAAAUCUUUUGUAAGCAGCUGCGAACGAAAAGAGGGCAGCUAAUAAAUCAAGCUGCUCGUGUUAACUUGUAUGUGCAAGUGUUCUAGUGAAGGUAAAUAAGUUCAGUGUAUUAGAGCGUUUUCGAGCCUUCAAAUAAAUAUUUUUUUUUGUUUUUACUGUG